CACUUAUCUUCAUGCCUUUGAACAACAAACAGAAAUUUGCUCAGUUUUGUAAAGUUAAUUGGCAAUGGCGGCUGAAACCUUUGCUUUCUCUCUUAUUCUCUUGUGUUUCUUAUUCAGUUUACAAGGCAUUUUAGCUGAUUAUGGAGGGUGGCAGAGUGCUCAUGCAACCUUCUACGGCGGUGGUGACGCUUCAGGAACAAUGGGAGGAGCAUGUGGGUAUGGGAAUUUGUAUAGCCAAGGGUAUGGAACAAACACUGCAGCACUAAGCACAGCAUUGUUCAACAAUGGAUUGAGCUGUGGAGCUUGUUAUGAAAUGAGAUGUGACGAUGACCCAAGAUGGUGUCUUUCUGGAUCCAUCAUUGUCACUGCUACUAAUUUUUGCCCACCAAAUCCUUCUCUCCCUAACAAUAAUGGUGGUUGGUGCAAUCCUCCUCUCCAGCACUUCGAUUUGGCUGAGCCUGCUUUCGUUCAAAUUGCUCAAUACCGUGCUGGAAUUGUGCCUGUGGCCUUUAGAAGGGUUCCAUGUAUGAAAAAGGGAGGAAUGAGAUUCACCAUAAAUGGUCACUCUUAUUUCAACCUGGUGUUGAUCACCAACGUUGGCGGUGCAGGAGAUGUACACGCAGUUUCAAUCAAGGGGUCUAGAACAGGGUGGCAACCCAUGUCAAGAAACUGGGGCCAAAACUGGCAGAGUAGCUCUUAUCUCAACGGUCAAAGCCUAUCCUUUCAAGUCACCACCAGUGACGGUAGAACUGUGACGAGCUACAACGUGGUGCCUGCUGGUUGGCAGUUUGGUCAGACCUUUGCAGGAGGCCAAUUUUAAAGAUUUUUUUUUUCGAAAAUUUGUAUAUUUACUCAUUACCUGAGCUUCUUUGUCUAAUAACAAAGGAGUAUCGCAGGUGGCAAGCUGAGGUGGCUAAGUUAGCACCCGCUGGGCCUUCCGUUUUAAUAGUAUUAUUUGAGCAAUGUAUUUAUAGCAAUAAAAAAUAUAUAUUUUUAUACUAAA